ACAAGGAAGGAAGGGAGGAGGGCGGUCGGCCAGCCAGCCAGAGCUGGGGUGUCGGGCAGCCCGGAGCGGAGCUCGGCCCGGGGGCUCAGGCCUGCUCCCCCGGGCGCUGUGCUGGAAGGGCCCCGAGCAGCUGCGGGACAGGCUCUGUAAGGGCUCGGCCAGCGGGGAGGCUCCGGCCGGGAGCAGCUCGGCACGGCGGCAGUGGGGAAUGCCUGCCGGAGGCAGCUCCGGGGGCUGUAGCGGGGGGCACUGCCCGAGCACGCUGGCCCCGGCCCCUUCGCAGACGUAAGCUGCACAGGGCAGGUUUGGGUCGGACAUUAGGAGGAAUUCCUUCACGGAGGGGCUGAUUAGAUUUUGGAAGGGCCUGCCCAGGGCGGCGGGGGUGGCGUCCCCAUCCCUGGAGGUGUUUAAGGAAAGACGACGCGGCACUCGGUGCUCUGGGCUGGGUGACAAAGUGGGGAUCGGUCACAGAUUGGACCUGAUGGUCUCAGAGCACUUUUCCAAACUCAGUGACGCUGGGAUUCUCGCCCUGGCGAGAGGUGGUUCGCUCCAGGCUCCUGCCGCAGGUGCCAUUCCUGCCGCUGGCAAGUGGAGCUCGCCUGUGGUAUUGCCUUUGGGAGGUUACUGCUCCUGUUGUGUUCAUUGUAAGCAUGCUUCUAGCAGCGCUUGAAGAUCUCAUUUUUCUGUGUUUUUGAAUGCGAACUAAUCCCAGUCUUGUCUCAUGGGCACUAUUCUUAAGUCCUCCUGUGUAUUGUAAAGUUCUCUCCACUUGAUUCUGCUACAACUCUGCCUUGAGCUGGGAUGCUAAGCCUUGUUUAUUUUUAAAUGUGUUGUCUUGUUUUGGGCUUUUUUUUUUUUUGACAAAUACUUCAAUUUUUUUCACUUUCAGAAGUGACCAGCCAGCUCUCCUUGAUUCAGCUGUAGUUAAUGAAGGAGAUUGUUUCCUCUUGUGGGUCUUUACUCAGGUGCCUGUAAUUUGCACAUUGCAACUUGUAAGCAUGAGAGGCCAAAAUAUAAUACUAAGUCAGCAAACCUUAUGUAGCAUAAAAUUGGCUAGAGGUGUCUGAAUUUAAGGCUUUUCCCCAAAAUCUGGGUAUGGCAGCAAAGUCAGCAAAGCUGGCAGGCUGUGAGGGUGGUAAGGCAGAGGCACAGAGAAGCUGUGGCUGUCCCUUCCAUGGAAGUGUCCAAGGCUGGGUUGGACAGGGCUUGGAGCAGCCAAGUGAAAGGUGCCCCUGUCCAUUUCAAGAGUUUGGUAUGAGAUGGCUUUAAGAUCCCUUCCAACCCAAACUGUUCUGGAAUUCUGUGCUGUCUCCUCAUUUCUCUGCCCACUGAAAAUUGAUUCUGUGUAGGUGUGAUUAGAAUGAAAGAGGAGAGCUGCUGCUGUCUAAUGUCUACUGUUGCCACCUGGAGAGCUCUUGGAAUGCUGUCAGCAGCUCAGAGGAUCUGCUCAUCUGCUCUCCUCAGCACCCUGCCCUCAGCAGAACCACGAAGUUGUUCUGCAUACUGAUUGAGUUUUGCUAAGCACAAACAGGACCAAAGACAGACAAAACACUGUCAGAAUAGGGAUAGGAUUUUUUUCUGUGCAUUUUUUAUAUGCUUGUGGUUUAAAAAAACAGCUCCCAAGGACAGGUUUUAUUCCCUGAAUUGUGUUUUGAAGUGCUGUAGGAGCAUGAUAGAAGAUUCUUUGGGAAAGAGAGCAAAGCUGAGCUUGCAUUUGGGAAAGUUUCCCUUGCAGUGACCUGCUCCCCUUUUGCUGAUUGCCUAAUAAUGCCAUAUUAACGUUAGAGGAAAGAUGGUGAAAGGACCCAUCUUCUGUACUUGGAAGCUGGAUGGGGAAGCAGCCUGGUUUGUGCAUUGCCAUGGGUGACCACUGCUUUCCUGUACUUUCCUUGAACUGAAGCCACCAGGAUUUAGUGAUGGAGGCUUUGCUGGAAGGAUUGCAAAGAAAUGGGCAGGGGAGUGGUGGGUUCUUGACCUCCUGUGAGGCCGAGCUGCAGGAGCUGAUGAAGCAGAUAGACAUCAUGGUGGCUCACAAGAAAUCCGAAUGGGAAGGGCAGACACAGGCUUUGGAAGCUUGUCUGAGUGCUCGGGAGCAGGAACUUUCCUCUGCCAAGGCAGCUCUGCAGGAAAAACAAAAGGAGGUUGGCAUGCUGCGUCGCCAGGUUGAGGAUGUGGAAAAAUCCAAGCAGGACAUGGUUAGAGAGUAUGAGCAACAGUUGAAGAAAUUCCAGGAGGAGUUGUCCCGGCUGAGGAGGAGCUAUGAGAAGCUGCAGAAGAAAAAAACAAGAAGCAGAGGAGAAGCUAACAAGGGACAAGAGGAGGACAAGUUUGAAUUGAGCCGACUGACCAGGAAGCUGGAGGAGUUCCGUCAAAAAUCACUUGACUGGGAGAAGCAGCGCCUGCGGUACCAGCAGCAGGUGGCAUCGCUGGAGGCGCAGCGCAAGGCUCUGGCAGAGCACUCCGAGCUCAUGCAGACCCAGCUGGCCAAUCGGAAGCAGAUCCUGGACUCGGUGGAGCUGGCGAGCCGCUCGGAAAUCCAGCACUUGACCAGCAGGCUGGAGAGGGCCAAGGACACCAUCAGUGCCAAUGAGCUGGAGGUGGAGAGGCUCAGCAUGAGGGUGGAUGACCUCAGUGAGGACAAUCGCAUCAUUCUGGAAGAUCAGCACAGAGUUCAAGAGGAAUUAAGGCAGUCCAAGAAAAUGUUAGAGGUGCUGCAGGAUGAGAAGAUGGAACUGAGAGCCACCUUGCAGUCUCAAGAAGAUUUCAUUAGCAGCUCAAAACUGCACCAGGAACAGUUACAGAAACAGCUGGACAGGAUGACUGAAACUCUUCACACAAAAGAACUCCUCAUCAGGGCCCUGGAGGAGCGCUUGCAAGGGAAGCCAUUGUCCUCUGCAGGCCUGGAGCUGGAGCAGGUGCUGCUGCAGCUGGAUGUUGCCCAGAAGAAGGAACAGCAUUUGCAGUCAGAGGUGACUCGUCUUGAGAACAGCCUGGUGUCUUCAAAUGCCAGGUGUGUGCAGCUGAGCGAGGAGCUGGGUGAGAAUAUCAAAGAGCUGCAGUCCCUGGAAGAAGACCAGACUGAGUCAAGGGCAGAGAUUAAAAAGCUGAAAGACCAGCUCUCUCAGGCUGAACAAAUGCACAGCAGUGAGCUGGAGGGGAUGAAAAGGGAGAUCUCCAGGCUGACACAGGAGCUGCAGCAGCGGGACAUCACCAUUGCAACGGCGAGCGGCUCCACCUCAGACCUGGAGCAGCAGCUCAGAGCAGAGAUUGAAAGAGCAGAGAGAAAAGCAGUGGAGCACAGGGUAAUUCUGGUCCAGCUGGAAACUUUGAGGCUGGAAAACCGUCAUCUCUCAGAGAUUCUGGAAAAAACAGAGUGUGGUAAGCUGAAGGGGGGUGAUGGCACCCUGAGAGCACUCAGGGAGGACUACACUGCUGAGCUCCAGAAAUUAAUAGCUGAGAACCAGCAGCUGCGGAAGGACCUCGCAGAGACCAGGGCAAAACUGGGGGUCACUGCACAGGUGUGCCCAGGUGAACCUGAGGGCAUGGCUCAGCAGGGGCAAGGCAAAGAGCCCAGGGAUGUACAGCACAGGGAAGCACAGCACAAGCAGGAUGAACACACAGGGAGGACACAUCUCCAGCCUGACAGGACUGCUCAGCAUCAUCACAGGGACUCCCAAAGGUGUGGGGCUGCUGAAACAGGAACUGUGAGCCCCGAGACGGGUGAGCCACCCUCCCAGAGCAGCAGCGAGAACUGCAAGGAGUCACAUGCCUGGCUGGGAGCAGAGUCUGUGCUUCAUGUGGUACAUGAAAACAAAGAUUUUGCAGAUGGAACAUCUAAGCAGCCUGCUUUAAAUCAUCACAGAGAAUCUGUGUUUUUGUGCCCCUUGCCUACAGCCUCUGUGGGAUCCAUUGCUGCACGAUACCUGGAAGAUGAAGAAGUGAGAUCCCAGCACAUCCUGGAGUGCCUAAAUGCUCACAUUGAGGAACUGAAAAAAGAGAGUGCAAAGAUAGUGAGACGAUUUGAGCACCAGGAAUAAUGUUCCUUGUGGAAUUGGAAUGCUGGUUCCUUAUGUGCUUCCAAACUGUGACUGGGAAUGUGCCUGUAUCCAGCUGGGAUUGCAGCUUGGGUGAGAGGCCAUGUGUUCCACUUGGAGCUGAGUCAGCAGGAUGGGAGUUGAGGAAAAGGAACUCCUGUCCACAUGCUUGCACUGAUGAGGGGUGUUACACCACAAACAUUUUAGUCAGCUUGCCAUAGGUCAGAGACCUGCAUCACAGCUAUGUGCUCAUUCACAAAGUUGAUGGUGUUUUUUAAAAGCAAACCAUUUGCUAGUUUUUAUGUAUUUAAAGUAUAUUUUAUAUGUGUAAAAGCAGUGAAAUAAAUCAGAAUGGCAAACA